GUUCGUAACUCGGCGGAGAAAAUGCAUCACCGUUUAGACUUACAGGUCCCUAACUCAAGGUGUCAUUUAACUUACUCCCUCAGUUUUUAGAAAGAAAGAACUAGUGGUAAUAAGUGCAGAAUAUAGAGCACUUUUUACUACUGAUAUUUAAGACAUGCUAUGUAAGUGGCAGAACCUAGGAUGGAGGACGCAAGCGGUAAUAUCCUUCCGCGAGCUCCGAGAAUAGAGUCCUGGUCCUUUUAGACUGCCAAGGGGUGGGGUGUAGGGCGGAAGUUAUGGCGCAGGGCCGAAGUCUAGCUGCUGAAGGGCGGAAGUAGAAUCCCGAAGUCUGCAAUCAUGGCUCAAGAAAAGGAAGAUGUUAGAGAUUACAAUUUGACGGAGGAACAGAAGGCGAUCAAGGACAAGUAUCCUCCAGUCAAUCGAAAGUAUGAAUAUUUGGAUCAUACAGCUGAUGUCCAGUUACAUGCAUGGGGAGAUACUCUGGAGGAAGCAUUUGAACAGUGUGCCAUGGCCAUGUUUGGUUACAUGACAGAUACUGGGACUGUGGAACCCCUCCAAACAGUGGAAGUAGAAACCCAAGGAGAUGACUUGCAGUCUCUGCUCUUUCACUUUUUGGAUGAGUGGCUUUACAAGUUCAGUGCUGAUGAAUACUUCAUACCCCGGGAAGUGAAAGUGCUCAAUAUUGAUCAAAAAAAUUUCAAGUUACGGUCAAUUGGGUGGGGAGAAGAAUUUUCAUUGUCCAAGCACCCUCAGGGAACAGAAGUCAAAGCAAUAACGUACUCGGCAAUGCAAGUCUACAGUGAGGAGAAGCCAGAGGUGUUUGUGAUCAUCGACAUUUAAGAUGCCAAGAAAAAAAGAGACUCCUACGGAGAACUGAUUUGUUUUCUUCCUUUUGAGAAGAUGCAAUGAUUUGUUUUCUAUAGUGUCUUUGCUAAAUAGAAAUACAGAACUGGGAAUCAAAGUGUGACUUCAGAAGUGGAAAACCAGUGUGGAGUCUUGGUCUGUGAGUCUAGAUAAUGAGGAACGACUAGUCUUGUACUGGAUCAUUGCAGCAGGUGCCUUACACCUUCCAGUGGAAUGCAAGCGCUCCAGCAUGGUCUCAGGGGAAUGCCCACUGGUGUAGGAGCCGCUGGGACCGACUCCAACUUCAAACAAAGUAAUUUGAACCGGGUAUGAUAGACAUAUGCCUGUGAUCACCACACUCAGGAGCCUGAGUUUGAGACCAGCUUUGGCUAUAGAAUGAGUUUGAAGCUACCCUGGGUGACAUAACAUGUCCCUGUCUCAAAAAAAGAAAAGUGUAGGGCAAGGAGAACAUGUACAUUGAGGUUAUGUUUUUAGGUUGCUAAGGGACAGGGCCAUCCUCUGUUCCAGUUGGUUCUUUGAGUAGAACCCUCAAGAAGACUUCUUACCUCAGCUGGGAGAGAGGAGGGGAGACUUCUUAGAAGCAUCCUGAUUUCCUUUUUUUUUUUUUUUUUUUCCCUGAGACAGGGUUUUUCUGUGUAUCUCUGGCUGUCCUGGAACUCACUCUAUAGACCAGGCUGGCCUCAAUCUCAGAGAUCUGCCUGCCUCUGCCUCCUGAGUGCUGGGAUUAAAGGAGUGUGCCACCACCACCUGGCUCUCUCUUCUUUUUAAACAGCGAUGAUACUUCAUAUUUUGUUAGAAGAAAUAUCUGAUAUGUAAGAAAUAUCUGAAGGGUCCUACAUAGAGACACUUCAGACAAUUUUAUUUUAUUAUUUAUUUUUCACAGUAUUGAGGAUUAAGCCCCAUCAUAGUAGCUACGUGCCCUACCACUGAGUUUAUACUUAAAUCCUAAAGUGAAAUUUUAUUUAUGUUUAUUAUUUAUUGGUUUUCCCAGACAGGGUUUCUUUAUGUAGCCCUAGCUAUCCUGGAACUCACUCUGUAGACCAGACUGAUCAAGAACUAAGAGAUCCACCUGCUUCUGCCUCCUAAUUGCUGGGAUUAAAGGCAUGCACUACCACUA